GCGCGGCCCGGGAUUUUUACCGCAAUGCAUCAGUCCGAGCGUCAGAACUCAGCGAACGCGUGAACGAGCCGCUCAGGAUGGCGCUUAAACUCGACAGAUCUCUGAUAACUGAUCAGAAACAUCAGUCUGAUGCUUGAGGAUUAUCACACGAGAUUCUGCAAGAUUACAAGCCCCGGAACAUCUGUUCAACAUCACAUCAGCGGGACGGGCCGCUUCAGAACCGCUCAGAACAUGAAGAUCCGUCAGUGAGCGACAGAAGAGAGAGAGAGAGAUCAGUGUGUGUGUGUGUGUGUGUGUGAGCAUCAUGGACGAGUGUGUGAGACGCCUGCUGCUCCUGUGUGUGUUCUGCGCGCUCUCAGUGUCGGUGUGCCGCGGCGCGUGUGCGGAGGUCGACUCGGACACGGAGGCCGUCGCCGGCCGGAGCUUCAAGCUGGGAUGCAUUUCCUGUAAGAUGCGCGGAGAGGUGGAGGCCACGGCGACCAUCGACUGGCUCUUCAAGGCGCGAGGAGAGGACGACUUCAUUCACAUUUAUAGUUAUGACGGACAGGUGUCCAACAUCGUCGACGAGCGCUUUCAGGAUCGGGUGGAGUGGCACGGCAGCAGGAAAACCUUCGACAUUCAGGACGCGUCUGUGGACAUCCUGAACGUCACCUUCAACGACUCGGGCGUCUACCGCUGCAUCUUCAACCGCAUCCUCAGCUACGCGCACUACGAGUUCACCACCAUCGAACAGAAAGAGGUUUACCUCACUGUGGUGGCCAAAGCCACGCGCGGGACGGCGUCCAUCGUGUCGGAGGUCAUGAUGUACGUGUCCAUCAUCGGGCUGCAGCUCUGGCUGCUGGUGGAGAUGAUCUACUGCUACAGGAAGAUCGCCGCCGCUGGAGAGGAAGCUCUGAGAGCCAGCGCUGCGGAGUAUUUAGCCAUAGCGUCUGAGAGCAAAGACAACUGCGGCGGUGUGCAGGUCGCUGAAUAACACAGGUUUUUCCCAGGAGCCUCUUCCCAGAAAGCCUCUUCUGAUUGGCUGUCUCUGGCUCCUGUUUUUAUACCUGUUCUUCUCACCUCCACCUGAUCGAUCAGAUCCUCUGUUCCGCAUGACGCUAUGCAUGACUCGACCGGAGAAACACCUUCCUCUAUCGACUGCAUCACUCUCCACUGAAACAGAAAAGCGCAAUACUUUGAUUUUGCACUAGAGGUCAGUGAAGAGCCAGGAGUCUUUAUUGGUCCUGCCACAUAUCGAGGCCAUACAGACAAAUAUAUAAAUAUAAAUAUUAUAGUUAAAGCCAAACGCCGUGCAGUGCUAUAACUGCAUGAGUUCGUGUGAAUGUAAAUCAGUUUAUAUGCAGAGAGAAACUCUUAUAAUCAGCUUCAUAGAGGUUAUAAAUCUUAGUUGUAUAAUAAUCCAUACGGUGCAAUAUGACAAUGUAGCAGAAUAAAGUUUGAUAGCGAUUACCUCGUGCCGAAAUGCAUUGUGGGUAAGUGCAUUAAGACAUACGAUCGCUCGUCAUCUCCCGCUCUGUGCCGUUUUAAUGCAUGCCCACACUGCAAGAGCCAAUCACAUUCCUGCUCUCACUGAACCAGCCAAUCACAGUCCGGCUCUGCUGAACCAGCGUUUCUGAGAGAGACGCAGCAGUGAAUGCUGGGAAAAGCAGUGCUGGAGACAGAGAGAGAGAGAAAUGAAUCUUGUGACUGUGUGAUUUCUGAUCUUGUGUUUGUAACCCUGAAUAACAAAACUACGUCAAAUAUAAUUGAUCAGAUAUUUCUUAAUAAACGUUACACUGACAACACUGAAGAAUUCUUUAUAUUAUUAUCACUGUUAUUAUUUGCUAUACUAAUUGCAUAUUUUCUGUAAGCAUGAAAUAGUCUGAUGAGCUGCAAGAUUUUUAAUAAAAACACUAAAUGAACAAUA